AACCUAAGGAGGUCGUCGAAACCUGGAAGGCCACACAACGGGAGGACUUGUAGCCGAUUCGGUCACUUGCGAAGACAGCAAUUCACUCAAAAAAAAUGCUACAGAACAAUCGGAACGCACUUGGUGCAAUAAGAUGACGAAUCACAUGGAGCUCGACAAAAUAUAUGGUCAACAUUGCCGGCUUUCGUCAUUUUCUUCGGCGCUGGAGGGCACUUGCCUCACAACCGAACUUCAAAGCACUACACACCUUCAAUACAGUGCAGCGAUAACCGGGAAUUUGAGCCCGAUUUAGUGUGGCGGACUGACGCAGUACCAAACACGAUGCUGUCGCACCACUGGUAGUUUGGUUCUCCCACGGUACCGAUGAAAAAGACCACACUUCACUCUCACAUCUCGGCUGUCACAUUCAUAUUGAAGCAAAUGAAGAAGACGACAUGAAAAUUCUACCAUGGAGUUCCACAAAAUGCGAUUUUCAUGGAUGUAUAAAUACAGCAGAGCUGUUGGGUGUUUCAGAGGCUCACGAUCUGCUCUCGCUAUCAUCUUCUUCAGCUUGUUCGGAUCGAUCUUCAAUCAAUUCAAGUCCAAAUACUGCAUCAUUCUCUUCGACCAUACCCAAGAUCAUUAUCCACCUCACAUUCGCAGCCAUCAAAUCCAACAUCAUGGGGUGCUGCCCAUCUCGCGAAAAGGAUCCAUACUAUUCCGAGAAGGACACCAGGGACUACAGGCGUGCUCGCAACAGCGUAAAGAAAGGCUUCAGAGUCGCCUACGACAAACACGGCAAUCUCCGCGUCGAGCGCGAGCGCUGCAGAUACUAUCACAAUGGAUACAAAAUCCACCGGUUGGGCUUCAUCGAGGAGGAGUCUCCAUCGAGACCGACAGAGUGAUCCGGGGAGAGCGACCCAAGGCGAGGCGCUCGGCGGAGUUCGGGUUUUUUCUCAUGUUUGAUUUUGGGUUUGUGUAAUGGCUCCAGCGAACCCCUAGUUCUAUUGAAUUUAAAUCAGUGGGGAGUUCAUCGCUCGCAUUUUUGCUAUGGAGAUUGUGAGAAAGUGCGUCAUCCGGGUAAUUUUGCAGGCCGUGACGGUGGUGUUGUGGAAAGGGGUGGAGAGCGUUGGAUGUUGGG